GAGAAGAGAGAGAAGGGAGAGAGAAGGUGUUCUGUUUGAGAGUGUGAGGAAGGGCAAGAGGAGUGUUCGUCCAAACGUGAGGAGAGAGCGAACCCCUCUUGAGAGAUCUACUAACACCCCUUCCUCCGGCAUGGCGAACAUCACAUCUGCCCAAUGGCAGACCAUACUGGACGCAGCAGAUGAGAACGAGAAACCGUUCUUCCAAAAGCUUUAUGAUGAUGCCGUGCAGAGGGAAAGGGAGGUAGAGGCAGCAACCAUAGCCGCCAACAUUGCUGAUCAGGUGGCCCUCCUUCGGAUCCCGGAAGCCAAUGCUGACCGGUUCCAGGAGAGACUAGCUGCUGCCGUAGCAACCUUGGUUCGACUGCGGACUUUGGAAGACCUUGAGUCCCGUGUGACAACACUAGAGCAGCGAAACCAAGAGUUGCAGGCUGAGAUACUCAGCCUCAGACAGUCCCAACUGUCUGCCCCCCGCCCUCCUAACCCUCGACCUGCUGCAGUCCCAGUCUCUCAAUCUAACACAAUCCUCAUGACAAGAGCAAGUGGAACUGUGACGAGCGCAGGAACCGGUGCCAGCUCCUCGAGCGGCAGCGCCGGCAGUUGUGCACUUGUCAUAGUCCCAAAUGCAGGGACAUCAGCCCAAAACGCCACAGUCCUUACUGGCGUUCAGUACAGUGGUCCCGUAGUGGACAAGCGGGCGGCCACCUUGUCGUCCAAGUACGACGGGAAAGCAGAUAUCACCUCUUGGAUUAGUUCCAUGCGCUCAUACUUCGAGGUCAUGCGGACACCGCAAGAAGACCGAAGUAUGAUCAUGGGCACUAAUACUGAGCCCGCCGUACGGAAUCACAUUGAGCUCCAAGCUAUUGCUGCAGGUUAUGAGAGAAUUGACCUGACCGAGUGGCUGAAAGUAACCCCUGUACGCACCCUUGAGGACCUUCUCAUCACACGAUACCAAGAUAAGCACGCUGCGCUCAAGGCUAGACUGAAGCUUGAGGCCCUCAAGGGCCAAAUAUGGAGGUCCUCCAUGCAGGCCUUGGAACAACACUUGACUGGUCUGUUCACCACUCCAGAUCUGGGAAUGACCGACGUGUCUUGUAUGGAUGUAGUCAUGGGUGUGGCCCCUAAAGAAUACCUCUCCCUGUUGGCACUCAAAAACCAUACCACCUGGCGAGAGCUCAUGACGGAUUUAGUCAACCUAGAGGCCAAGGACCUCGCCAGGCGUAAGAAGGCGCCCGCUGCAGGUGGAACACCACAACGCAAGCGGUAUGGAAGCAGCAACCAGCUUGCCCUGCAUGAACAUCGGGAGGCUGAAGAUCAGUCCUACGCGGAUGAUCUGUCUCUAGAUAACGAUCUAGAGCCGGACUCCGAUAUAGGUUGUUCCACAUCAACCAUUGAGUCUAACCGGGCCAUGAACGUAACCUUUCAAAUCUUUGUCAACAAGACACGGCUAACUCAGGAAAUGAUCAACUUCUGCGACAUCGUAUACAUAGACGACAUUCUGGUCUACUCGAAAACCUAUCACGGACAUGCACAACAUAUCGAGUGGACGCUGGGAGCUCUGAGAGACGCUGGGUUCAAGAUCGCACUCGAGAAGAGCGAGUUCUUCCUCUCAGAGAUCUUGUUCCUGGGCUACGUGGUGACACGAGGAGGACUGCGGCCAGAUUCGAGAAAGGUCGCGACGGUGAAAAAUGCCCCCGUUCCUACGUCGCUGACGCAGGUUCGAGCCUUCUUGGGACUGGCGUCAUACCAUCGUCGUUUCAUCAAGGGUUUUGUCGCUAUAGCAAGACCCCUGACGAACCUGCUGCGAAAGGACCAGCCUCUUAGUUGGGACGCCGAGUGCGAGCAGGCCUUCGCCACCCUCAAGGACGCCCUGGCCACAACACCUAUUCUGAUCCGGCCGGACCCUACAAAGCAGUUCAUUCUCAUCACGGACUAUCAGCCGGAGGCCAUUUCCGCCAUUUUAGCGCAAAAAGGGAGCGACGGUCGUGAACACAUCAUCGAAUACGCAUCACGCACGGUGCCAGAUGAGCGAAGGAAUGAUUCGGCCCCGCAAGGCGAAUGUUACGCCGUGGUCUGGGGAAUCCAACACUUCCAUCCGUAUCUUUACGGACAAAAGUUGCUUCUGGUGACUGAUCACAAGCCGCUGUUAGCGCUGAAGAGGCUCACUAAUUACACGGGUAUGAUUGGGCGAUGGGCGGUGCUCCUAAAGGAGUACGAUUUCGACGUCAUCCAUCGAAAGAUAGAGAGGCACGGCAACACGGACGGACUGACACAUCUUCAUCGACCAGCUAAGGAAAGAGCCGUGGCGGAGGAAGUGGAGGUGGAAGACGAAAGUGAGGAGGAAACAGCGGAGAAAGAAGGAAGCUACAACGAGUACAGUGAGGAAGAAUCGGGAGGAGAAGAAGAAGAAGAAGAAGAAGAAGAAGAUCAGUUGGAGGAGGAGGAGGAAUCUGAGUGGGAGACUCUGGGUGAAGAGGCGGAUUGCACAGAAGCUCAGGAGGAGGAUCCCGAGGCGUCACAAAGGAGAGAGGAGAUCGCGGCCAGAAAGCAGCCGCUGGAGUUCGUGAGUGGUGCAGAUCUGCCGAUCUCGAACGACCCGACCAAGGAUCCCGGGCCGCCCAAGAACGACGAUAGGGACCCUACUGCCGAGACUUCGAGUGCACCGGCACGCAGGCGACGGAGCCGAUCCCGAUCCCCAUCCCCCCGUCCCCGAGUUUGAGCACGUGUCGAUGCGGGGCAUUGGGCUUC